AUGGGAGAUUUGAAGGCAAAGUUUCCUGAAGUGGAUCCAUUUCUUCUGCACAAAUGGGAAAGGAUCUUCUCGAUGUUUUUCGGUAAAGCUAUUAAUUCUUAUCGUUUCGUUUUGUUUCACCUUUGCAAAGCGUCUGCGGUGCAAGAUCGUAACGCAUCGCAUCAGGUUGACUGGGGAGACUUCUACCUGGUUGUGAGAAAAGUGAGAGACAUCUACGGCGCUGAGUCCGUGCAGACCGCAUACGCUAAAAAGACGUUAGCUGCUUUGUGGGAAGGAUUGUGUAAACUAGCAGAUGCGGAUGAGAAAUCUCAUUCCACCAGUUUUGUCGCCUUUAAGGAUCAGUUGAUAUCAAUAGAUGAGUGGAUCAAUCUAUUGAGAAAGGCCGAGCACACAAAGGAGCGGAAGUGGUUCGACGAGUACGAGCGGUUCAUGUUCAAACUCUUCGACGUGUCUUGCGACGGAGUUAUGGAUGUUGAGGAGUACAUCGAUGGCAUGAAUGUUUACGGGAUGAAGCGUUCGGACUGCAAGGAAGCUUUUCAGAAGUUCGCAGUGGGCGAACACGGAGCAUCAAUCCCAAAGAUCAACCAGGAAUUGUGGUCUCGUUAUUUCCACGAGCUUUUUUAUUCGACAGACAGAAACGCACUUGGCAACCAUCUUUUCGGCAUCUAUACAAAUCGUGUUUAUAUCUAUAACAAAUAUCAGCACAUAGCCAUAAUAAAGCAACCGGAUGCAAGAUACAAUGCACAAAACAGUCAAAUUCGUAUCACAUACCAAUUUGGCAAAGAUCAUAUUUGGACAGGGCUUGAAAGCUUGAAAGAUAUCACAAGUGUACAAAUAGAAAGGCAUUAA